UGCGCGGUGACGUCAGCGGGAGGCGUGAUUACGUCACGCGUGUUGACGCUCGUCUCGGGAAGUCGCCUCCAUUGUUUGCUUUCUAAUCGGCGUCUCCUCCUUCCUCGCUGACUCGCAAGAGACGACAGAGAGAGACGCAGAGACACGCAGAGACACACAGACGCAAUGGCCGGGUUUCUGGAUCACGUGCGCUGGCCCGAGUGCGAAUGCAUCGACUGGAGCGAGAAGAGAAAUGCCAUCGCCUCCGUGGCUGCGGGCGUGCUGUUUUUCACAGGUUGGUGGGUGAUCAUCGACGCUGCGGUUAUGUAUCCUGAGUCGUCUAAACUCAACCACGCUUACCACACGUGUGGUGUGAUCUCAACUAUAGCCUUCCUCAUGAUAAAUGCCGUCUCUAACGGCCAGGUCAGAGGAGAUGGAUACAGCGAUGGGUGCAUGGGACAGACAGGGGCGCGCGUCUGGCUGUUUGUGGGCUUCAUGUUGUCAUUCGGAGCCCUCAUCGCCUCCAUGUGGAUCCUGUUUGGUGGAUUUGUCGUCACAAAGCAAGAGAAUGUCUACCCGGGUCUGGCUGUCUUCUUCCAGAACGCGUUCAUUUUCUUUGGGGGUCUGGUUUUCAAGUUUGGACGAUCUGAAGAUCUUUGGGAAUGAGAAAUUUCCACUCAAGCACUCAAUCACCCACUCACUUAAACAUUGACCCACUCACCCACUCACUCACCCACUCACUCACUCAGUCACCCACUUACUCAUCAACUCACUCAUCCACCCAGUCCCACUCACUGACACACUCACUCACCCACUCACUCGCUCGCCCACUCACUCACUCAUCCACCCAGUCUCACCCACUGACACACUCACUCACUCGCCCACCCACUCACUCACCCACUCACUCACCCACUCACCCACUCACUCACUCACCCACCCACUCACCCGCCCACCCACCCAGUCUCACGCGCUGUCACAAUGCUAUUAUGUUAUCAUUAGUUUUUGUAAGCCACUUUAGUGCGGAGGUUCUGCGUAUCUGAACUAGGGAUUAUAAAGCCGCCCUGCUCUCUUCAUAUCUGCCAUUUCCAGUCACUGGUCUCCGAAUCACCCCUCGUGCGUAUGGGAAGUGUAAGAGUGGUGGAUCUACCGCCUUUACCAGUAAGAGCUGUGACAUGUAAGUUGUACGUGAGUGUGUGUGUGCGUAUCCCCAUGCGCCGCGUCCGUAACGUGUCUCCAUUUCGAUCGCACCGAACCAAGAAGUAUGGUCAAACGCCCCCCCCCCCCCGAUUCCCACAAUAUACAUGCAAUGGGAAGGGGGCCACCCCCCCUCCCCUCUAAUAAUCCAGCAGUGGAGAGAGAAGCAUCUGUGUUUACGGACGCCCCGUCCCCUGAGAAGUCUCCAAGGGGUGACUGCCCCGGGCCCAGCGCUUUGGUGGUUGGGGGGGGGGCAUGGGGGUUUAGUGUCAAAGGGCUCCCAAAGCGUUCAGACAUCAGAAUCGUUAUUGAGACUGCAGGAGGAAUUUGAUGAGCUAUGAAGCUCGUUUAUAACAAGCUCAAUUGGGGCAGGGGGUCCGAAAGUUAGAACAAAACACACGAUCGUGCCAAGUGUAUGAAAUGUAAUCAAAUCGCAGACUAAACACAACGCUUAUUUUACAAGGCGAGGCCCACUGGGGUAUGUGGCAGCUCUCUUUCAGAAGCGACGUACCCAUCAUCGCGAAUGGCCGCAGCUCAACGGAAGUGGCAGACCUCAUCAUAGUCAUCGUGUGGAAAUUUAUAGCAGCGGCCAAUGUUCAAGGGCUCCAGUUGGCUGCAUUGCUGACGGCCCAGGCGAUGUGACUUUGGCCCAUUCGGAUGUCACUGACGGUCGGAUGUGUUCCGUUUUGACGAGUGGGGCGGGGGGGGGCAAUGCGUUUCGUACGAUUCUUACGUGAACUAUGUACACACCACGUCGGUUAUACCCCCACCAUAUACGUAAGCCUGUGUAAAACCAGGAAAUGUAAUAAACUGAUACUUUAACGUU